AAGCGCCUUGUCAUACCCUACUCACGCUGUUUUUCCUUUUCCUUGGCGCUUUGUAGCCGGACAGUGCUAUGCCAGAGCCAGCGAAGUCUGCUCCCGCCCCGAAAAAGGGCUCUAAGAAGGCGGUGACUAAGGCGCAGAAGAAGGACGGCAAGAAGCGCAAGCGCAGCCGCAAGGAGAGCUAUUCCAUCUACGUGUACAAGGUGCUGAAGCAGGUCCACCCCGACACCGGCAUUUCGUCCAAGGCCAUGGGCAUCAUGAAUUCGUUUGUGAACGACAUUUUCGAGCGCAUUGCAGGUGAGGCUUCCCGCCUGGCGCAUUACAACAAGCGCUCGACCAUCACCUCCAGGGAGAUCCAGACGGCCGUGCGCCUUCUGCUGCCCGGGGAGUUGGCCAAGCAUGCCGUGUCCGAGGGCACCAAGGCCGUCACCAAGUACACUAGCGCUAAGUAAACGGUAAGUUGAUUGCGAAGUCUCAACCCUAACGGCUCUUUUAAGAGC